AUGGAAAAGUUAGAUGCUGUUGAUUUACUAUAUGAAGAACAAGAACCAACACACAACUCACGCAGUAGGAAUCAACAUGUCUACAUUGCUACAUUACCAAACACACAGCAAAAUUCACAACACACAGUAAACAUGCAAAACAGUCACCACAACUCACAGCUGCACACAAACAACAACUAUAACUAUACACAGGGAGAUAACCCGUACAAAAAACGAAGAAACAACAAUUUUAAUUCAAGAAGCAAUAAUGGAAACAACAACGGACACAAAGCAAAACACAAACACUGGCAAAGAAACAACAACACAGAUUACACAAGAAAUGGAACACUUACACCGCACUUUAAUCAGAACGACAACCAGUAUGAUGUGAGACAGUGGCAAACACCGCAACCGCCACCACAAAAUCAUAUUCAGAUGCCACAAGGGAAUUUUGCGCAAACAAGCAACACAAACCAACAAGUGACUUCAGCCAAACGAAACCAGACAGGUGAUUGGCAAAGACAAUAUCCAAAUCCCUUAGCAGAGUAUGCUGAUACAAAAACAAGACAAGCUGACAGACUAAAUGACCGGAGACAAUUGCUGCUCUGA